UGCGGGGGGCGGAGCCUGCGUCCUGCUGCAGCUGUCCAUGGUUGUGUCGUGGGGAUCCACACGGAAUCCGGAUACGACCGACAUGCAGCCAUAGUCACGCUUCACUCUCCACAAUCUGGGAUCGUUUGCUUUGCAGCGCAUCACAUUCGACUGAAAGCCUGUCGACGUGUGAAGCAAAAUGUCUGAGCACCAGAGACAGCGCUCUCUGUCCACCGCCGGUGAGUCUCUCUACCAUGUGUUGGGAGUUGACAAGGUGGCCACCAAUGAUGACAUUAAGAGAUCUUACAGGAAACUGGCACUGAAGUUCCACCCUGACAAGAAUCCUGACAAUCCAGAGGCAGCUGAUAAAUUCAAAGAGAUAAACAAUGCCCAUGCAAUUCUGAAUGACCCAACAAAACGUAAUAUUUACGACAAAUACGGUUCCCUGGGGUUGUAUGUGGCUGAACAGUUUGGAGAAGAGAAUGUGAACACGUACUUUGUUCUGUCAAGCUGGUGGGCAAAGGCUCUGUUUGUACUUUGCGGCGUGGCCACUGGCUGCUACUUCUGUUGCUGCCUGUGCUGCUGCUGUAAUUGUUGCUGUGGAAGGUGUAAACCACGGCCUCGGGAGGGUCAGGAACAGGACUUUUACGUGUCUCCUGAGGACUUGGAGGCUCAACUACAAUCUGAUGAGAGAGAGGCUGGUGGUGACCCAAUUGUGCUGCAACCUUCAGCAACAGAGACAACGCAGUUAACAGCAGAUGGUCACCACUCCUACCACACUGACACCGGCUUCAACUAACCAUCCCUUCCUGUUGAUUCUGGCCUGCAGUCUUGCCUGCUUCCCUGGUCCACCUAAAUGACAUGAAAGAGAGGGGCAGUCCAUCUUUUGGCUUCAGAAAUGGAGCCAAGCAGAGGGGAAGGACUUGUCAGCAUGGCCCAUGAACAGAACUAAUGAAACUAAGGAAUCCUUUCCACCAUCCCUGAUUGACUCACUGCUCAUUUCCCCCUAAACAAUAUAUUAAAAAACCCCAAGAAGGUUUCCUUUUUAGGUUUUAUUUUGCAAUUCUUUGCCUUUAACUGCACAGUUUGCCUACCCAGCUGUCUUUGACCCAUAUUUUGCAUCAUGGUGUAGCAUGCACUGUUGAGAGAGAGAAAAAAAUGCCCCAAUUUUCAUUGAUCUUUUGCAAGAUUCAUAACGUUUGUGCAAUAUGUGUAGAUACAAUUCAGCGGGACGGGGCUAGUUUAGUUUUACACUAAAGGUAAAGGCAUGGCUCAGGGAGGUGCUGGAUACAGAGAGUUGGUGCCAUCAUUAAACCUUCAAGAACAGCACUAUCAAGCUACGACAAUUUUCAUACCUGAUUUGCAUAUUAAAAAUGGUAUUUAAGUUGAUCAUGGUCAGAUUGUCAGCGCUAUUUGGCGGUGCACUUCUUUGUCUUUCGUGCAAAUCACUGGCUCAUUGAGGCACAUAACUUUAUUUGCAUACACUUUGACAUGAUAUUUUUACCUUUAUUUAUAUCUUAUGUUUUCUUUCUUACACUUUCACUUCCGUGCAUCCUUUUAAGAUGUCGCCGACUUUCAAGCUCUUAUCCAACAUGGAAUGGGUUGUUUUAGCAAUUAAAGUGAAAAUCUGUUAAGAUUUCUUGUAAGAAUUUCUAUCUAACUUAAUGAGGAUUUAGAAAAGUGGGUCCAAAUUAACAAUGCAAAACUCUCACAGGCAUUUUUAAAAUACAGACUUUCAUCUUUUCAGUCUGGUAUGGCAUUUGGACUUUUUGCCACCUUCAUUUAUUUCAAAGACUUCAUUAAGACUGAAGAAUAUAAAUUUUACCUCAUUAUUUGUUUACUUAAGUUGCACAAAGCCAAGGAACUCGAGGUAAUCCAGCCAUCUCUGAUCAGAGGCUGACAUGUUUUUAACUCCGGGUCAUCUUUAACAAGUACAUGUGUUGUUAAGAUGCUUUUACACUGUUUGUUGUAGGUUUGUAAAGAAAAGCUGCCUGCAGGAUAUUCACAUGGGAAGGGAGGAAUAAUAUUUUUGUCAUGUUUUUAGUCCUUGUGUUUCAAACUGAAAUCUGAAAAUGGACAUUUUGUCACACAUAGUGGUUGUCUGUCAUUGUUGAGUUGUGUGAAUGCUUGUAGAGUAAAAGAUGCUCAAAUGCAUAUCAUCUUCUGUGAGCCAGUGCUACAGGCAGCUCUGAAUUAUCUUUUUAUUUUCGCUCCAAAAAUUGCAAUAUAUCUGCAAAUUGCCAUAAAUGGUCAUGAACACCUUUUCCAUCUUUGUCAGUUUCAUAAAGGAUAAUAUGUGUUUCAGUGGUUUACAAUUGGUGAGCUCCUGUUGGCCACCCUCUGCUAUUAAUAGUAUGGAUGUUGACCUCUGUGGCCCUUGUAUGAUGUUUCCUGUAACCUUUGAUGAAAAAUAGAUGUACCUGUCAUAGCUUUUUCAUUGACACACUGAAAAAUGCUACUAUAAAUGUUUUAAGUUGAAUGCACUGUUUAAAAAUAUAUAAAGGAUUAACAAUCAGGUCAUGAUUCCAUAAAAAAAAACAAUAUAGUAUAUAGUGUAUCUAUAGUGAAAUGGUUAUAUGAUGCAUUUUUGGACUUUUAUUUAUUUCCUACUUUGUCAUGGCUUUAAUUUAACCUGCUGCGGUGUUGUAAUGUAACCAUUAAAUUAGGCAAAGAACAGUUUAAUGGUUGAGGUUGCUUGUACAUACACUGAACCAUACAAAGUAUAAAACUUAACAUUUAUGUUGUAGCAUGGUAACUGUGUGUCUGAAAGAAAAUGUGGAUCAUUGAUCUGAUUUGCUGUUGGUGAAUAAAUGUUCCUGAACAUUU